AGCGACUGAACACUGUACAACUGAACAACUGCGCAGAGAACUUAAACGUUUUUGCUGAAUGGUGUUGCAAGUACAUCCAUUAGGGAUAGCCAUGGAUUAUCAACCUGAGAUUUUUGAAGACAAGGACCUUUUGAGAGAACUUAGAGAAGCAAUGAAAAAGAGUCAUGCUGAAGGUGCUGCAAAGAUCCAGGAUUAUUUGGAAAAGGAGAAGAACACUCCACUGAAUAUUGCCAUCACAGGAGAGACAGGCUCUGGUAAAUCCACCUUUGUCAAUGCCUUUAGAGGCAUAGACAACAUAGAUAAGAGAGCUGCCCCUACUGGUUGUGUAGAAACCACAAUGGAAGUCACACCAUACCCCCAUCCAAAGCAUCCCAAUGUAACUGUGUGGGAUCUUCCUGGAGUUGGUACCACCAAGUUUCCAGCUGACAAGUACCUGGAGAAUGUUGGAUUUGAGAAGUUCGACUUCUUCAUCAUCAUCUCAGACACUCGCUUCAGAGAGAAUGAUGUGAAACUCGCUCAGGAGAUUCAGAAGAUGGAGAAGUUCUACUUUGUUCGCUCAAAGAUUGACAACGAUUUACAAGCUGAGGGAAAAAGUCAGAGGGAGUUUGAUGCAGAAAGGACUCUUAAACUAAUCAAGGAAAACUGCAUUCAGGGUCUUCAAAAUGAAGGUGUUUUGUCUCCUCAAGUCUUCCUGGUGUCCAGCUUUGAGCUCCACCUGUAUGAUUUCCAUCUACUACAUGAGACCCUAGAGAGAGAACUUCCUGCACACAAGAGGAAUGCUCUGCUGUUGGCCAUGCCCAACAUCAACCUGGAGAUCAUCAACAAGAAGAAAGAGGCUUUACAGGCCAAAAUAAAAGCUCUCAAUACUUUCCUCAACAUGCUGAUAGUGACAGCUGCAAAGUGACAGAGAGGGGGAGAGAGGGGAGAAUGACAUUCAGCAAAGGGCCACAGGUUGGACUUGAACCCAUGGUCGCUGCAGCAAGGACUCAGCCAGCUCCACCAGAUUUUCUGUGAAAGAAAGUUUGCUCCAGGAAACUUUUGUUAAAUGUUUCCAAACAGAAAAUGGGACCUCUGUGAAAACAACAAUGGCUCAAGCUCUUCAUCACUCCACCCCACCACCAUCAAGAAGAGGAAGAUUACCUUCCUGGAGCAUGAAUCUGGGACUGCUGGUGAAGUUAUAAAAAGUAAAGAAACUGAACAACUCACAGUGACUCAUAGGGUGAUCUGCUCUUCUCUCAUCUGUUUCUACAUUCAGACUUCAGGGUCUUCGAGAUGAAGGAGUGAACUUUCCACAAGUCUUCCUGGUGUCCAGCCCUGAGCUCCACCUGUAUGAUUUCCAUCUGCUACAUGAGACCCUAGAGAGAGAACUUCUGCACACAAGAGGAAUGUUCUGCUGUUGG